AGCCAGAGGCAGAGCACACGUGCUGACAGGAAGAAGCCAGAGGCAGAGCACAGGUGCUGACAGGAAGUAGCCAGAGGCAGAGCACAGGUGCUAACAGGAAGAAGCCAGAGGCAGAGCACAGUAGCCAAAAGAGAGAGCACGGAUUUGAUACAUUUGUGCAAUUCAGACAGUGUGCAGGAGUUUGCCUAACAUUUUUAAAACAGGAAAUGUCCCAUUAUUGGCUGUCAGGACUUUAUUUUAGUUGCCAUGGUAUCAAAACAGAUAUCAAUAUAAUUUGAUUUGUACUAGAAUCGUAUCAAAGUUUAAGAUUCCAGCAUUGUGACAAGUCUCAUCAGACUUCAGUCAAAAGCGUACGUCCGAGCUGUCAUUAGCAGCUCAUGCUAACAUGCUAACAGCGUGGUCGUGGUGACCAGGGCCUGUUGUGUGACCUUUAAUGUUUUUAAUCUAAUUAGAUUUUACAUGUUAACCUACAAUCAGUCAGCGUGACAUCAGAACGCGGUUGUUCAAUACUUAUUACAUGACUGACCAAAUCCCCAAAGUGACGCUCAUGGCAGGCUGACAGGUGUGUGCUGGAGGUCCGCCGUCCAUUUUGUUGAAUAUAAUUUUGUAACUGAGCUGCACAUGUAGUUGGCAAAAUCAAAAUGGAGGCUUAAGUUAUUAAAACUGAGCAGCUUUAAUUAUUGGCUGCUGAAAUUCAAGGUUGUAGGAGCAGUGAGGAUUAAUGUCGGUUAAAGCACAAAGCUUCAUAUCCACGCCGGCCUGCUGUCACUGCCCCUCGCUCGCCCCCUCUCUCUCUCUCUUUCAGCUGAUCCCUCUCAUUUCAUCUCUCUGAUGUUGCCCUCUGCUGUCUUUUGCUCUUUCUCGUCUCCCUGCCAGCUGUCCAUCCCUCGCCAGUCAUCGCUGUCUUUUUUUUCUGCUUCUUCUCUUUCUUUUAUUUGUCUUUUGUUGUUCAUUUUCACACCAUCUCUUCCUCCUCUGGAUCUGGGCGAGAUAUGAAGCGUCACCAUGGGUUUCAUGGAAUUCUACCUGGAGAUUGACCCCGUCACCCUGAACCUCAUCAUCCUGGUCGCCAGCUAUGUCAUCCUGCUCCUGGUCUUCCUCAUCUCCUGCAUCCUGUACGACUGCCGGGGCAAAGACCCCACCAAAGAGUACGCCCCCGACAACACACCGGCGCCGCCCAGCCAGUCGCCCAUACGCCUGGUGGUCAUGCAGAACUCGCCAGCCUCCUCGCGCUACGAGCCCAACAACACGGCCGGCCACGAGCUGCCGACGCCUGACCUGAGCCGGGACAGAGGAGAGAGGGAGCGGGAGAGAGAGAGGGAGCGGGAGAAGAGGAGUACUCUGGUUUAAAAAAGAGGAGGAGGAAGACGGAUGACCAUGAAGUGCUGAUGUUUCACUCUUAACACUUUGUUUUUAGUCCUGGACUCUUGUUUUUACUUUAAACACCCCUGGAUGGUGUUGAUGAGCUGCUGAGUGCAUCAGCAGGAGGGUCUUAGCCUCGCCUGCAGCGGAUCCACGAAGCCCCUCAGAAUACCAUCAACCUGAAUCACAAAGUCUGCUUGCUAAGCCCGGACUACAUUAGAUAAUUAGAGGCUGCCAAUCACACAAGGAUGUCCAGCAGGUCUGACUUCAGCCUGCUCAAUGAGACACAGUCAUCCUCGAGGACACUGGAGACAUUUGGAUGUUAACUCCAAGUCAUCAGGACCUGCUUGUCAACUGCACUAACACUUCAUAGUUGAAACUGGAAUUUGACUCAAGCUUUAAGUGUCCUGUCUGCUGGACAAAAGGUGGACGAUGUAAAGUAAGAUGUUGUGGUUGGACUUUUGCUUCAAAGUUAAGGAGCCCAAAACGUUGAUAACAUGAAACUAAAACAGAGAUACCUGAGAGUUAAUUUGUAA